GCAUGAAAACACUUUUAUGAAGAAUCACUUCUCUAUAUAAUCACUUUAACUGGUCUCCUCUCCACAAAAGGUUUUUGUUUAAUUUUGUCAACUAGUCGUCUCCUCUCCACCGUCCAAAACUCCCGUGCAACUCCACACCCCCCUCCCUAUACUCAACAGUCAUUCAGUAUCUUCUCUUCUCUGCUCUGCGCCCCUAUAUCUCUAGCUUGCAUUUUCAGUCUCAGCUGCUCUGCGCUCCCUUCCUCUCAAUCUCCCUUACCACUACGAUUUCAUCUGCCGCUUCUUUUUUCUCAAAGAAGAUUAGGAGAUGGCAGACCGGUUGACCCGUAUAGCAAUAGUGAGCUCCGACAGAUGCAAACCCAAGAAGUGCCGCCAGGAAUGCAAGAAGAGCUGUCCUGUUGUCAUGACUGGUAGACUAUGUAUCGAGGUUACCCCGGCAUCCAAGAUUGCUUAUAUCUCAGAAGAAUUGUGCAUUGGGUGUGGUAUCUGUGUUAAGAAAUGCCCAUUUGAAGCAAUCCAAAUCAUCAACUUGCCAAAGGAUUUAGACAGAGAUACAACUCAUCGCUAUGGGCCUAACACUUUCAAACUACACAGGUUACCAGUCCCAAGGCCAGGUCAAGUUCUUGGUUUGGUUGGAACUAAUGGCAUUGGGAAGUCAACUGCCCUCAAAGUUUUGGCGGGAAAGUUGAAACCAAAUUUAGGUCGUUUCAAUAAUCCUCCAGAUUGGCAGGAAAUCUUGACCCACUUUCGAGGAUCGGAGCUGCAGAAUUAUUUUACCCGUAUCCUGGAAGAUAAUUUGAAGGCCAUUAUAAAGCCCCAGUACGUUGAUCACAUUCCAAAAGCAGUUCAAGGGAAUGUUGGUGAGGUGCUCAACCAGAAAGAUGAGAGGGAUAUGAAGGAAAAACUAUGCGCUGAUCUUGAUCUAAAUCAGGUUAUAGAGCGUAAUGUAGGGGAUUUAUCAGGCGGGGAGCUUCAAAGAUUUGCCAUUGCCGUCGUUGCCAUACAGAAUGCAGAGAUAUAUAUGUUUGAUGAACCUUCAAGUUAUCUUGAUGUGAAACAGAGGCUUAAAGCAGCCCAAGUUGUCCGGUCUUUGCUCAGGGCUAAUAGCUAUGUAAUUGUUGUGGAGCAUGAUCUUAGUGUCUUGGAUUACUUAUCAGACUUCAUUUGCUGCUUAUAUGGGAAACCAGGUGCAUAUGGAGUUGUAACUCUUCCUUUCUCAGUUAGAGAAGGAAUCAACAUCUUCUUGGCCGGAUUUGUUCCUACAGAAAAUCUUAGGUUCCGAGAUGAAUCUCUGACCUUCAAGGUUGCUGAGACUCCACAGGAAAGUGCCGAGGAAAUUGAGUCAUAUGCACGAUAUAGAUACCCAUCGAUGACUAAAACUCAAGGAAACUUCAGGAUUCGUGUGGUUGAGGGUGAAUUUACUGAUUCUCAGAUUAUUGUAAUGCUGGGGGAGAAUGGAACGGGGAAGACAACAUUUAUCCGUAUGCUGGCUGGCCUGUUGAAACCUGAUACUGUAGAAGAUUCUGAUGUCGAAAUACCCGAAUUCAAUGUUUCUUACAAGCCCCAGAAAAUCAGUCCAAAGUUUGCGUCCACUGUGAGACACUUGUUACAUUCAAAAAUCCGUGAUUCAUAUACUCAUCCCCAGUUCAUGUCAGAUGUGAUGAAGCCUCUUCUUAUUGAACAAUUAAUGGAUCAAGAGGUUGUGAAUCUCUCUGGUGGAGAGCUGCAAAGGGUUGCAUUAUGCCUAUGCCUCGGGAGGCCUGCAGACAUUUAUCUUAUAGAUGAACCAAGUGCAUAUCUUGAUUCUGAGCAGCGUAUUGUUGCGUCAAAAGUGAUAAAGAGGUUUAUCCUACAUGCUAAGAAAACCGCAUUUGUGGUUGAACAUGACUUUAUCAUGGCUACCUACUUGGCAGAUAGAGUUAUUGUCUAUGAGGGCAAGCCCUCGAUUGAUUGUACUGCAAAUGCUCCCCAGUCAUUGUUGACUGGGAUGAAUCUCUUCCUAUCUCAUCUUGAUAUCACAUUUAGACGCGACCCCACCAACUACCGCCCAAGAAUCAACAAAUUGGAGUCAACCAAGGAUAGGGAACAAAAAGCUGCAGGGUCCUAUUAUUACCUGGAUGAUUGAUAAAUGUUUUGGCCAAAUUUAGAGGGCGUCAAUCUGAUCUUAUUAAUGGAAUCUCGGAUGAGCCAUGACAUGCUGACAAAUGAUCCUUUGUAUGCUGAGAGGUGAUGUUUGUUACCAGCGUAGCGUGAAUGAGUUUCCAGGCCCUUACAUGUUGUUGCUACUUGAGUUCAUUAUGCCCUAAUAAUAUAAUGUGGUUGCAGUUUUGGUAAAAUUGUCAUUUGGGCGAGGGAAGUAUGUACAAUGGUCUCUCAUAGUAAGAUCAUAUGAUUAUGAUUAUAAUAUGUACAAUGCUCUGAUUUUACAAUGGGCCUUUGACAUUUGGGCUUUCUAGGAUUAUGAUUAUAUGAUUAUUCUUUAAAAUA